AAUCUGCUGGAGUAUAGAGUUGGGGUCAGUUCCGGGAUUCCACGGAAAAUCUUCUGCUUUUCUCUUCUUUCCGCCGUUCAUCUAUUAGCGGAACAGAGGAUAUUCGUAUAAAAAGGAAAUGAGAGCAAGAAAUCAUAUAGAAACACAGUAGACUAACAGAAGACCAGCCCCGUUUUGACACGACUAGAAGAUGAAGAACUGCGAGCUGUGCAGGGUUCCGGCGAGGACCUACUGUGAAUCCGACCAGGCUAGUUUAUGUUGGGACUGCGAUGCAAAGGUUCACGGAGCUAAUUUCUUGGUUGCCAGGCACUCCCGGACCCUUCUAUGUCAUGCGUGCCAGUCUCCAACGCCAUGGAAGGCCUCCGGUGCUGUUCUCGGAAACACCGUUUCGGUUUGCCGGAACUGUGACGGAGGAAUGAACUUAAGCGAUGAGGACGGCGAGGGAAGCGAAGGAGGCAAUGACACCGAAACAAACUCGGAAGACGAUGACGACGAUGCCAUGCUUGACGAAAACAACGACGAUGACGCCGACGGCGAUGAGGGAGGCGGUGAUGGGGAGGCCGAUCAUCAAAUAGUCCCCUGGUCCUCCACGACGCCCCCACCGCCUGCAACUUCUUCGAGCAGCGAUGAGUCUAAUAACGGCAACAGAAAUGUCUCUGAAUCACGAACAUCAGUUUCCUCGAAACGAAGGCGCGAAAAUGCAUCCAAAAAUAAUUUCCAGGGUCCAACUGAUGGCGGGUGAGACGACGGAGUUAACGAAGCAGCAGAGAAGAUUGGUGGUGACCACGGGGAACGCCGCCGUGAAACACGAGACGAUGGGCUCGCAUCGCAUUCGGUGUCUACGUACAGAUCGCCGUAGAGAUGAACGGCCCAAGCAGGUUUAAGAUUGCUCUUGGAAGGUGAUUGUUCUGGAGACGCGAGCCGAAUGGAAUUCGUACUAUCAGAUAUUAUUAUUUUAUUAAUUAUUUAUUAUUGAUUAACUAAUUGCACUACUGAUCAGACAUCUUAUUUUCAUGCUUUCUGAAAAUAAAAUUUGUUGUUGCGUGGACAGUGACAAUGAC